AUGCUCAGCACCGUGUUGGAUCACGAAGCCAGAGAGAGAUGUGAGUGCCACGCAUCAUCUCCUUCGCAGAACACUCGCUCGGCCCAACAUCAUCCCCCCACUUCUCACAAUUUAAUCUGGCACAACUCGCUCACCUCGCUCUUGCUCUUCCAAAGUGUCCCGCAUCAACCUAGUCAAACCUGAAAAAGCUCGAGCUAUCCAAGAUCUCAUCCUGCGAAUGGCACAGUCGGGUCAGGUCAGGCAAAGGAUAACGGAACCUCAGCUGAUCGGAUUGUUGGAGCAGAUCGAGAGCCAAGGCAGGGGAGGAUCGGGCAGCGCAAGUGGGCCAGGCAAGAUCACUGUGAGUUCACGGGGCUGCAAAGCGUUGGGGGUCUGCCAUUGCAAAGCGGGCAGAGAGGACGAUGCUGACCGUGUGUGGGAGAAAGCAUUCAAGACAUCGUUACAAGCUACGAGGCCUGAGCACUGCACCUAACAAUUGAGCUUGCUGACACGUAAUCUUCUCUGCCACUGGCUACCCCAUUCCCGAUUCCAGUUCACGCGCAAAAAACAGGUCGACGAAUCCGAGGAAGAUUCCGAUUUCGAUAUCUGA